CUUCACUCCAAUACUCACCGAUCAAACUCUUAUCUAUUCCUCUCUACAGCAAGGAGCCAAGCGUCAUCUACGAUGGCAAAGUUCGCCAUUCUUUUAGCCAGUUUCAUUGCUCUUCUCUUCUUGGUUGAUGCUUCCAUCUAUCGAACAACUGUCAUCGUCGACGAGGAGGAUGCGAACCCAAGUUAUCAAAGCUGUCGCGAGCAGGUUGUCAUGCGGCAGUAUCUCUCUCCUUGCCAGGAAUAUAUCAGGCAACAGGUUGCCGGACUCGGUUUGAGCCAUGGGUACAACCCACGUCUUCGUGAUUGUUGCGAACGAAUUCAAAGUAUGCAGACCCAGUGCCGAUGCGAGGGUCUGAGGAUGGCCAUUGAUCAGCAGAAGAGCAAGGGACAAAUUCUGGGACAGGACUCUCGCCAGGCUUACAACAUCGCUCAGGACUUGCCAUACACGUGCGGUGUCUCACCACAGAAAUGUAGGUUCGGAACACGAUGGGGGUUCUGAAGGGAAGGUGGAGAAAGCCAUCUACAUGCUUGCACAUGAUAUGGGCAGCAGUUAAUAAAGACAUCACUAGCUCUGCACUUUUGGUUGGAGAUUAGAUGAUGCAUAGCUACCAGUCAUUUCAGAAUAAGCACAUUAUCAUGUGCGGUUAAGUCAUAUAUAUAAAUGCAAGUCUUGCUAUAGCACAAAGAGAAAAAAAGAUUCCAUCUAAAUCUAAAUCCAGUAUGACUGCUGUUAAUUCUA